AUGAUGGUGCGACGUAGUGGACGAUACACCGUCAACUGGAGAGGGUUUAAGGACUUCGCAUUCGGAAAUAAACCUCCCGACGAAGAGAAGGAGGAGCAGAAACCGGUAGAAGAUUUAUCCAAUCAUGAAGUUAUAUUUUUAAGAAGCAUUGUAGAAAGUCCAGACUUCGCUAGAAAAUACGAGUCCAUCGAUUCGGAGGAGGACUUGAUAGUAAAACCAGUCUCGCUGGGUAACGUUAACAUAAUUCGUUCUCUAAGCGAGUAUCGUGGCAACAAUAUACGGACUAUUGAACAAGCCGAACUCGCUAUUAUCGUGUCCAGGGCACACUUUAAGGCUUUAAUAGAUGCUCACGAUCAAAUAGGCGCAAUUUGGCUGGACAGAGGGUCUGGUAUUGAUGAAAAGACAUUAGUGACAGAAGCAGAUAAAGACAUAGGAGCUGAAGGUGGUACGGAAGAAAACGGAGACAUGCCUGUUGAGACUGUUAAAGUUGUAGGGCUGAGGAAAGUCCCUGGUCAACCUUUAGGAUUAACAGUGACAACUGAUGAACAUGGACAGCUGAUAGUAGCUAGGAUACUAGCAGGUAGUGCAGCUGCUAAACAAGCUUUAGUUUCUGUAGGUGAUGUAUUAUUAGAAGUAGACGGAGUACACAUAGACUCGGAAGAUCAGCUCAAGGAGGCUGUGGCCAAGCCUAAUGAUAGAAUUACACUUAAAGUUGGACCUAACUUGAAGGAAAAGACUGCACAUCUAACUAAUAAGCUUAGUUGUUAUAUGAGAGCACUUUUUGACUACAACCCUAAGGAAGACACAUUACUACCAUGCAAGGAAAUUGGUUUAGAAUUCAAGAAAGGAGACAUUUUACAAGUGUCAGACCGUAAAGACCCCAACUGGUGGCAAGCAAGUCAUGUUGAGAACCCUGAAGUUGUGGGAUUAAUACCAUCACCAGAAUUAGAAGAAAGGCGCAAGGCAUAUGUGCCUCCAGAAGCUGACUUUGUUCAUAAAAUCAGUAUUUGUGGUGCAAGGAUAUCGAGAAAGAAAAAAAAGUUUGUCUAUGAGUCCCGCUCAAGCGUGCAGUUAGAGGGUGCGGAGUUGGCGCUGUAUGAGGAGGUGGCCCGUACUCCACCAUUUCUUCGUCGAGUCUUAGCAAUGGUGGGCACCCGGGGGGUCGGCAGGCGGACCAUAAAGAACCGCAUGAUACAGGAACACCCGGACAGAUUUGGUGCUGUUGUUCCUCACACAUCUCGUCCUCCACGGCCUAUGGAAGAAAACGGACAGUCAUACUGGUUUGUUUCUCGGGAGGAAAUGGAGCGCGAUGCCCAUGCUGGACGGUUCUUGGAAUAUGGGGAGCAUAAUGGACAUCUCUACGGAACUCAUCUUGAUUCCAUACGAGCGGUUAUGAAAGAAGGUAAAAUGUGCAUCUUGGAUUGCGCUCCUCAAUCACUUAAGUUGCUGCACAACAGCGGGGAAUUUUUACCUUUCGUCGUGAUGCUAGCAGCCCCUGGCAUCGAACAACUCAGGAACCUCACUCACGCUUCCAAUCGCAAUUUAACGUUUGACAGGCAGAGCUCCAUCCGCUACAGCUCAAGGCGCGCGCGCACCCUUGAGUCAUUGGCGUCACUAUACGAGGAGGAAGAUAUGAAGCAAACCCUAGAAGAGAGCGCCCGUAUUCAACGACAAAACGAAAAGUAUAUUGAUCUCGUCAUCACCAACAAUAAUACGGAUACGAGUUACUCUAAGAUUAUGGACGCCUUGCAUUCGCUAUCCACCGACCAUCAGUGGGUACCCGUCAGUUGGAUUUAUUAG